AUGUCAAGUUUAAACUUCGAACGCCAUGUUUGUGAAGGCGUUACGUGGGACGACCCACAUUUUUUGUCGGAAAAUUUUAUACAAUAUUUAACGUCGAGUGAUACGAAUAAUAAUAAUAAUAAUAGUAGUAGUAGUGAUAACAACAACACGGAGAUUUUCCUUCUCGCGACGAGUUCAAUCCCGAUUGUGAAAAACGACGAAAUAUCAGAAUUUCCACCGGAUUUAUUUUCCGUGGAAAUAUUACAAAGGGGCGGAAUCAUUUUACACCUCGCGGGAGCCCUUUACAGUUUUGCCAACAUUGGAAUAAUAUGCGGAGAUUAUUUUUUACCUGCCGUCGAUUGCAUUUGCAGCGAUUUAAAUUUAUCCCAAGAUUUAGCGGCUGCUACUUUUAUGUCAUUUGCAACGACGGCUCCAGAACUCUUCGUAAUUCUCAUCGCGACAUUUUUAACACAGUCGGAUAUUGGAUUGGGAGCCGUCAUUGGUGGCGGAAUGUUUAACAUAUUAGGAGUUGCAACCGUCGGUGGUUUAGCGGCAAAAACCUCCAUAAAAUUGGAUUGGUGGCCACUUUUUCGAGAUAGUACCGUUUACGUCAUUUCCGUCGGUGGACUCGCAUUUGUUUUAUUCGAUGGUUACGUCACACUUUACGAAUCCUUAUUUUUAAUUACGUAUUAUUUCAUUUAUUUAUUCAUCAUGUUUUGGAAUAGGAAAAUAAGAAAGAAAAUAAAACAAUUUGGGAAAAUCAUAAGAAGAAAAAAAUUUAAAACUAAUAAAAUUAAAAAUUCAACGGCAUUACCCAACGUAGUUAUGGACGAUAUAAAGCUCGGAUGGGAAAAAAAUAAAAAAAUUUUACCCAUAAGUGGACAAAGUGAAGAAGAUGAAAAAAAUGAUGAUGAUGAUGAUGAUGAUGAUCCCGAAACGGCAUUUAAAGCUUAUUUCAUGCACUACGAAGAGUGCAUCAGUUUAAGAAGAUUGUCCCUAACAAGCAGAACGAGUUUGAAUGAAAGAAGAAAAUCGGUGAGAAGUUUAAGAAAACAUUCGAGCGGUCAUCAAAAAAGAAGUUCAAGAUUAUCCAUACAGGAAAAUCCAAAUUUCGACUCACCCAAAGAAAUAGAAGAAGAAGAAGAAGUAGAAGAAAAACGAAAAGAUGAAUUAACACUUACAGAUGACGAAGAACCGGAAGAACAAACAUUCAAAAUGAUUUUUUGUACUUUACCGGUGAAUUCGAUUUGGAGUAAAUUUUCAUGGUUUUCCCUUUGGCCGGCAUGUUUUGUAUUUUACUGGACCAUACCUGAUACGAGAACAAAAAAAUUUAAAAAAUUUUAUCCCGUUACUUUUAUCAUGUGUAUUUUUUGGAUUGGAAUUUUGAGUUAUUUUGCUACUUGGAUGAUUUCAAGAAUCGGUUUUGUUUUGGGAAUAUCCGAAUCCAUAAUGGGUUUAACUUUUCUUGCCAUAGGAGGAAGCAUGCCGGAAGCAAUAUCGACCUAUAUAAUGGCGAGACAAGGAGAGGGGGGACUCGGUUUUAGUAAUAGUUUAGGUGGAAAUACCAUGGAUAUUUGUUUAUGUUUAGGAUUACCCUGGUUUUUAAAAUGUUUAACAAAUGACUCGGUGGCAAUUUAUUCCGAAGGAAUGCAAUAUAAUGCUUUAGCAAUAAUUUUGGGAAUUGUUGUUUUGGUUUCUGUCGGAAUCUGUACUAAAUUUCACAUGAACAAAAAAAUGGGAUUCACUUGUUUAUCAUUUUAUCUUUUAUAUAUAAUUUUAUCUGUUUUAAUCGAACUUGAAAUAAUUCCAUUGAAAAUAAAAAGCUGA